UGGAUUAAGUAAGAUAAAAGCACAAAAAAGGAUCUCCCCAUCUUCUUUUUUGACAGGAGAACAUCCCCAUUAUCCUCAGGGAAUAGGCAACUAAAAAUUGUAUGACCCCAGGCCUUUAAUAAAACUUGUCUUAGACUUGUCCAUCCACAAUUAACAAAUCUUUCUCAUCCAUCAAUCUUUGCCAUUGCUUGAGAGCUCUAUUUCUUUUCAUCCCUUCUUGUGAAAGAGGGAAAAAGAAAAAUGUCAAACUGUACAGUCGAGUCUACCACUGUAGAGACUAGUGAUGGAGUGAAGCUCCAUACAAGACUAUUCAAGCCUAAAGAAGAUGAGAUCAGAAACAAUUUGGUGAUUGUUCUUGUCCAUCCUUAUUCAAUUUUGGGUGGUUGUCAAGCUCUUUUGAGAGGAAUAGCAGCUAGGUUAGCUGAGAAAGGUUAUAGAGCAGUGACCUUUGAUAUGAGAGGUGCUGGUAGGUCCAAUGGAAGGGCUUCUCUCACUGGUUUUGCAGAAAUUAAAGAUGUUUUUGCUGUCUGCAGAUGGGUUUCUGAUCAUUUGACUUCUGACAGGAUUUUGUUGGUGGGUUCUUCUGCAGGUGCACCAAUUGCAGGUUCUGCUGUAGAUGAGAUUGAGGAAGUUGUUGGAUACGUAAGUCUGGGUUACCCUUUUGGCAUGACGGCAUCGAUCCUUUUUGGGCGACAUCACAAAGCCAUCUUACGAUCACAAAAACCGAAACUCUUUGUGAUGGGAACUCGAGAUGGGUUUACCAGUGUGAAGCAGCUAAAGAACAAGCUGAGUUCUGCUGCAGAGCGAGUUGAACUACAUCUAAUUGAAGGAGCAGGGCACUUCCAAAUGGAAGGCCCUGCUUAUGAUACGCAGAUGGCAAACCUUAUCCUCACGUUUAUUGCAUCUUUAUAGGACUUUUCAAGUAGUCUGAGUUUGCCUGAUGGUGUGGAUUUGCUGAUUUUUCACGUUUGCUUAAUAUGCAGGAUGUAAUUGAAACGAGAAUGCCAGCAGUGAAAAAAAGAGAAACCAUUCAAAGAAA